AUGUUGUGAAUUUUAACCUGAGCACUUGAGAUAGUCGGAUAAGCAGGCUGUGUACAGUAUAUUUAUGUGUUUUUUCUCCUUUUAUAUUAAUUUACUUUAUUCGACGGGGUAGUAUUUCCUAAUCGUGCGGAAUGCAAUAGCCCUGCUAGCUUCGGUUGUACAUGCUGUUUUUAAAGUUGCCUUUUCCAACUGGGAACUUAGCUACUUUCUAGAUAUAGAUGACAGGAUGUACACCUUAUUAUCUGGUCUAUACAAGUAUGUGUUCCAGAAAGAUGAAUUCUGCAUUUUGAUUCUGGGUCUGGACAAUGCAGGGAAAACGACUUUCCUGGAACAAACGAAAACUAAAUUUAGUAAGAAUUACAAAGGGAUGAGCUUGUCCAAGAUCACAACCACAGUGGGUUUAAACAUUGGUACCAUAGAUGUUGGGAAGGCACGUCUGAUGUUCUGGGAUCUUGGAGGACAGGAGGAACUGCAGUCACUGUGGGAUAAAUAUUACGCCGAGUCACAUGGAGUGAUUUACGUCAUUGACUCAACGGACGAAGAACGGUUGUCUGAGUCAAAGAACGCCUUCGAGAAAAUGAUUAGCAGUGAGGUUUUGGAAGGUGUUCCAGUGCUUGUGCUUGCCAACAAGCAAGAUGUAGAGAAUUGUUUAUCUGUCCCGGACAUCAAAACAGCCUUCAGUGAUUGUGCACCGAAGAUUGGGAAGCGUGAUUGUCUUGUACAGCCAUGCACGGCCCUCACAGGGCAAGGUGUUAAUGAAGGCAUUGAGUGGAUGGUAAAAUGUGUCGUCAGAAACAUCCACCGACCCCCACGGCAGAAGGACAUCACAUAAUCCCGGUCGCCUCUCUGAAGGUCUCACAGCUGCUCUCUGACUCCCUGUCCUCGUUUACAUGAGACAGUGCCACUCUGUGUUUGUCUGUGCUGCCUGUCUCAAUUUUCCUCUCUUGUGAGUAGAUGUCCGGCAUCCUUUUAAUUAAAUUUGAGUUGGAAGAGAAAUAUCGCUGUAAUAAUCAAUUCUGUUUAUUGAUUUAUCAGUUCUAACCCUUUUUUUUGUUGGUAUAGCAUUCAUCAAACCAUGCAUUAAUGUAUAGUGGUAUAAUUGUGUUCAUAGCCUCUUAUCCCACACUCCAGAUUACUGUAACAACCAAGACUAUCGGAGUAUGUUAAACGUUUUGUGUGGGAAUUAGCAUGGCAAUCAGACAUGGAGAUUUAAUUUGCAGUUAAUUGCCGCUCUUGUUUUCUGUGUGUUCUGAGAUUUCAUCCCUUAAAGUCACAAACAUUUCCACCGAUGCAAUCUGAUUAUAAAAUGCGUUUGAAAUUUUGGAGGAAUUGAGAGGAAAAAAAAUGAUGAAAAUCCAAUGUCUCCGCAGCUCAUUCUCUCAAGUGAUUUGGUUUCCUUUCCAAAUCAGCUUAACUGGUCAGGUAAUGUGCACAGUAUCUGCAACUGAUGGUGUUCAAAGGUGCUUCACUAUUUGAUAGGCAUGUUUUGAAAUAAAACACAUAAAAUAGUA